UUAUGCCCCCCAAAAAAGAACGGAACGUAUUUGUUUACAGUUCAACAGCCGAUCUGGUACCAAAAGUGGGUUGGUGAACGGGUCGAACCAGAAGUUGACAAUUAGGGCCGGCAACCGCCGCGAAACCGGAUUUCAGAGGCUUCCGGCAUGAGAUCGCCGUCGACCUCGAAGGGAGGAGAACUAUCGGGUAUGCUUUAGUAGCUUCGUAGACCGUGAAGGUAUGCAAUACCUUUAGACUUGUUUGCUUCUGUGCGUUGAAGUUGGUAAAUACCGAAAGAACUUGGGUUCUGUUGAAAGAUGGGGCGUCUGAAGCUGCAAAGUGGAAUCCAGGCAAUUGGGGAAGAACCUGGGGAAUGUGAUGCAACGUAUCCUAAUCAUGCUACUUUAGCAUGCAUCAUUAAUUCGGAAAUAGGCACUGUAUUAGCGGUUAUGAGGAGGAAUGUGAGAUGGGGAGGACGCUAUAUGUCUGGCGAUGAUCAGCUGGAACACCCUCUAAUCCAGUCUUUGAAGGCACUGCGCAAGCAAAUCUUUUCAUGGAAGCACCAUAUGCAUUCCGUCAAUCCUUCUGAAUAUCUCCAGCCAUUUCUGGAUGUGAUUAGGUCGGAUGAAACUGGUGCACCAAUUACUGGUGUGGCGUUGUCUUCUGUUUACAAUAUCUUAACACUUGAUGUAAUUGAUCAAAAUUCCUUAAAUGUUGAAGAUGCCAUGCACUUAUUAGUUGAUGCGAUCACUGGCUGCCGAUUUGAGGUGACUGAUCCUGCAUCAGAAGAAGUGGUAUUGAUGAAGAUACUGCAGGUUCUUCUAGCUUGCAUGAAGAGUAAAGCAUCUAUUAUAUUGACCAAUCAGCAUGUUUGCACUAUAGUGAACACAUGUUUCCGUAUUGUCCAUCAAGCGGGAACAAAAGGUGAGUUGUUGCAGCGUAUAGCUCGCCACACAAUGCAUGAACUUGUUAGAUGUAUUUUCUCACACCUUCCAGAUGUUCAACCUGCUGAACGUGCAUUGCCAAAUGGAAGCAGUACCAUCAAUGGAGAGAUUGCAGGGAAAAAUAAUGAGCAUGCUUCUGGAAGUAGACAAUUGGAGAAUGGCAACAUGAUUUCUGAGUUUGAUAAUCAGCUAUUAUCUACAAAUCCUGCUUUGAACACUUCCUCAGGUCUUGUAGAAUCUGGGAUGGAUGAAAAGACAGCUGGUGCUUCUAGUGGGAAGGAGGCUGGUCAAUAUGACGUGCAACUCAUGGCUGAGCCAUUUGGGGUUCCCUGCAUGGUGGAAAUAUUUAACUUCCUGUGCUCUUUAUUAAAUGUGGUUGAGCAUAUAGGAAUGGGUCCCAGGUCUAAUACCAUAGCUUUUGAUGAAGAUGUACCCCUUUUUGCAUUGGGUUUGGUUAAUUGUGCUAUAGAGUUAAGUGGGUCCUCCAUUCGGCAUCACCCCAAGUUAUUAAGUUUGGUUCAGGAUGAAUUGUUUCAAAAUCUGAUGCAGUUUGGCCUGUCAACAAGUCCACUUAUUCUUUCAAUGGUAUGCAGCAUUGUCCUCAAUCUGUAUCACCAUCUCCGCACUGAACUUAAGCUACAGCUUGAGGCUUUCUUUUCAUGUGUGAUAUUGAGGCUUGUGCAAAGCAGGUAUGGGGCUUCUUAUCAGCAGCAGGAGGUUGCCAUGGAGGCCGUUGUGGACUUCUGCCGGCAGAAAACUUUCAUGGUGGAGAUGUACGCGAACUUGGAUUGCGACAUAACAUGCAAUAAUGUCUUUGAAGAGCUUGCUAAUCUGUUGUCAAAGAGUGCAUUCCCUGUUAGUUUGCCUUUGUCUUCAAUUCACAUUCUUGCUUUGGAUGGUCUUAUUGCUAUUAUUCAGGGAAUGGCAGAGAGGGCAGGGAAUGGCUCAGUUAGUGCUGUUCAGGCUCCCCCCACGAAUCUUGAUGAGUAUACUCCAUUUUGGCUGAUGAAAUGUGACAACUACAGUGAUCCGAAUCAUUGGGUUCCAUUUGUUCGCCGAAGAAAGCACAUAAAGAGAAGGCUGAUGAUUGGAGCCGAUCAUUUUAACCAUGACCCAAAGAAAGGGCUGGAGUUCCUCCAAGGAACCCAUCUCUUGCCUGACAAACUUGAUCCUGAAAGUGUGGCCUGUUUUUUCAGGUACACUGCUGGGUUGGACAAGAAUCUUGUUGGGGAUUUCCUGGGAAACCAUGAUGAGUUUUGCAUUCAGGUUCUUAAUAAAUUCGCUGGUACCUUUGAUUUUCAAGACAUGCAUUUGGAUACUGCACUGCGACUGUUUCUGGAGACGUUUCGAUUGCCUGGAGAAUCACAAAAGAUACAAAGGGUGCUUGAAGCAUUCUCAGAGAGAUAUUAUGAGCAAUCACCACAAAUUCUUGCUAACAAGGAUGCUGCUCUCCUGUUAUCAUAUUCAAUCAUAAUGCUCAACACUGACCAGCACAAUGUUCAGGUGAAGAAGAAGAUGACAGAGGAGGAUUUCAUUCGGAAUAAUAGACACAUCAAUGGAGGUGAUGAUUUACCUCGAGAAUUCCUUUCAGAGCUUUACCACUCAAUAUGCAAGAAUGAGAUCCGCACAACUCCAGAACAAGGUGCUGGUUAUCCUGAAAUGAACCCAAGCCGUUGGAUUGAUUUAAUACACAAAUCGAAGAAGAGUGCUCCAUUCAUUGUAUCAGAUACCAGAGCCUACCUUGACCAGGAUAUGUUUGCUAUAAUGUCAGGCCCCACAAUUGCUGCCAUUUCUGUGGUAUUUGAUCAUGCAGAACAUGAAGAGAUUUACCAAACAUGCAUUGAUGGAUUUUUAUCUGUUGCAAAGAUUGCAGCGUGCUACCAUCUUGAAGAUGUGCUCGACGAUCUGGUUGUGUCUCUUUGUAAGUUUACAACCCUUUUAAACCCAUCAUCUUAUGAGGAACCUGUUAUAGCCUUUGGUGAUGACCCAAAAGCUAGAAUGUCAACUGUGACAGUUUUCACGUUUGCCAAUACAUAUGGUGAUUACAUUCGCACAGGCUGGAGAAAUGUUCUCGAAUGUAUCUUAAGAUUACACAAACUUGGUCUUCUGUCGGCAUUUGUGGCCAGUGAAGCAGCUGGUGAUUCAGAGUCUUCUGCUGACACAGGUCAUGGCAAGCCCAUAACCAAUUCUCUAUCAUCUGUUCCUAUGCCUCCUGUGAGUACUCCUAGGAAAUCCUCUGGAUUUAUGGGCCGGUUUAGUCAGCUCCUAUCUCUUGACACAGAGGAGCCGAGAUCACAGCCUACUGAAGAAGAACUUGCUGCUCAUCAGCGCACCCUUCAGACAAUUCAAAAGUGCCACAUUGAUGGCAUAUUUUCAGAGAGCAAGUUUCUGCAGGCUGAAUCCCUGUUACAGCUUGCACAGGCACUGAUCUGGGCUGGAGGACGACCCCAGAAAGGAAGCAGCUCACCUGAGGAUGAAGAUACUGCAGUUUUUUGCUUGGAGUUGCUGAUAGCUAUUACCCUAAAUAAUAGGGAUAGGAUUAUGCUUCUUUGGCAGAUUGUGUAUGAGCACAUAUCGAACAUUGUUCAGUCUACUGUGAUGCCUUGUGCCCUGGUAGAGAAGGCUGUUUUUGGACUUAUUCAGAUUUGCCAGCGGCUGCUUCCUUAUAAAGAGGACCUUGCUGAUGAACUCUUGCGAUCAUUGCAACUUGUUUUAAAGCUUGAUGCUCGGGUUGCUGAUGCGUACUGUGAGCAAAUUACGCAGGAAGUUGGUCGCCUUGUGAAAGCAAAUGCCUCUCACAUAAGAUCACCAUUGGGGUGGCGCAUAGUUACAUCACUACUCUCCAUUACUGCUCGGCACCUAGAAGCUUCAGAGGCUGGAUUCGAUGCACUGUUCUUCAUUAUGUCUGAAGGAACUCACUUGUUGCCUGCCAAUUAUGUUCUAUGUGUUGAUGCGUCAAGGCAGUUUGCUGAGUCUCGUGUUGGAGAGGUGGAGCGAUCUGUGUGCGCACUGGAUCUUAUGGCAGGUUCUAUUGAUUGUCUAGCAAGGUGGGCCUGCGACGCUAAGCAAUCUAUGAAUGAGGAAGUAGCUCUGAAAAUGUCUCAGGAUAUUGGGCAAAUGUGGUUGCGGCUUGUUCAGGGGUUGAGAAAAGUUUGUUUGGACCAGAGAGAAGAGGUUAGGAAUCAUGCGUUGUCCAUCUUACGGAUGUUGACUGGAGUGGAUGGGAUUCCUCUUCCACAUGGUCUAUGGUUACAGUGCUUUGACAUGGUGAUCUUCACAAUGCUUGAUGACUUGCUUGAAAUUGCACAGGGACACUCCCCAAAGGAAUACCGCAACAUGGAAGGCACGCUUAUCCUAGCCUUGAAGCUCCUGUCCAAAGUUUUUCUGGAGCUACUACCCGAGCUAUCACAGCUAACAAACUUCAGCAAACUAUGGCUGGGGCUCAAUCGAAUGGAAAAUUAUAUGAAGGUGAAAGUUGGAGGGAGAAAAUGUGAGAAGCUACGGGACCAAGUGCCGGAGCUACUUAAGAACACCUUACUUGUAAUGAUUUUAAGGGGAGUUCUUGUGGAGAAAAGUGACGGAGGAGAUGAUAGCUUGUGGGAGUUGACGUGGCUACAUGUAAAUAAAAUUGCUCCAUUAUUGCAGUCUGAAAUUUCCCGUGAUCCAAUUUUAGAGCAGUCAGAUACUAAGCAGCAGGGUGAAUCAGGGCGAGUUUCUGAUGUGACGGGCACUUUAAUUCCAACUGAAACAGCUGCUGCUGAAGGUUCCAGCAGUGGAGGCUAAAAUGCUGGAUAGUCUUUGCAACUGGAUCUGGUUUUUUAAGGCAUAUUAGUAAGCACACAUGGUCGCGACCAUUGAGUAGUACAGAGGGAGGUGGUCUUGUUCUGGCAGGCGACCUCUUAAUUUUGGCCGUAUAGCUGCAAGAUGCGGGAUUUAGCACAGUGGGAACUGCUAUAUCUGGUGGUCGGGAAACCCAAGCAGAUCGAACUUUAUCUUAGUAAUCAUCUUCAACUUUCUUGAUAUACUAUCUUCAUCUUUACCUCCUCCAUCUAUAACUUUGUUGUCUAAAGAUAUCAUAUAUGUCUUGUUUUGUAGUAGGGUACCUAUGCCCUUGUUUUAACUCCCCACACCCUAAUUUUUUGUUGCGUCGAGAAAAUCCGGAAGGGAAUGAUUCAUUUCUUGCCAAAGAGAAAGGUGAAAUAUUUUUGUUUGAUUUGUCGAACAAUGUACAGAACUUGAUUGCUAGUUUAACUAGUACUUUUACUUGGGCGUGGUACCGUUCUUUGUGCUUGUGUUUGACAUUGAUAUGUUCUGUUUGAUGAACUGCAAGUUCGUGACAUCGUCGGGAUUUUGUAAUGGAUUUCUGAGAGACUAUUGUGUUUA